GCGCAUGCGCCAGUCUCAAACGAAACAGCGCGAGAGUCGAUCGCGUUCUCCGUUUAAAUUAACGCGCGAAUUCGAAUAUCGAAAGAUUAUUUCUUAUUUCCGCUGUAAAUGUGUUUUGUGCCAGUGUUGUGUAAAACUGUUUUUUUUUUUAAUUAAUAUUAUUGUGCUGUGCUUGUAUGUGGAUUUUGUUUUGGCUUUUUUCUGUUUUGGAAGUAAUUCUGGUACUUUCCCAGGCCUGACAUCUGAUAAUUUUAUCCACUACGAAACAAAAAAGAUUCUAGACAGAUCAAUGCGAAAUGUUCCCGUAAUAAAUCUAGAAGAGACAAGAUGACCAUGGAGGCUUCGUCAUCAGACUACAGCGACGAAGAAGUAGGGGUGCUGGCGAGGGGGCAGAAGUUAUGGGUGCGGGGGGUGAGGCCGCACACCACCUGUGCCGACAUCGUCAGGGCUUUGCAGGGUGCCCCUGAAGCUGGAGGUCUCAGUGAUCAUGGAGAAUGGGUGUUAGCCGAGAGGUGGAGGGGCGUGGAGCGGCCCUUACCACCAGAUGUGCCUGUGUUGAACGUGCUGGCGGCCUGGGGCGACGCCAGGCACGAGGUCCGCCUCUCGCUUCGUCGCGUAUCCAGUGGCGGAGAAGAAGACUCAGGCCGGGACAGUGACUCGGGCAGCCGCGCCGGGGCCCGGAGAAGACGGAGAAGAGGCCCUAGAACUUCCACCCCCCCUCCAAGAGCCAAGAGUGAGGACCCAGCUGCAAGACUCGUGUCGGUUAUACAGCAUCAGAGCAAGACUAUACACCAACAGCUGGAUAAGUUGCGCGAACAAGAGAAACUCAUCGACCAAAUGGAGGACCAAACGCACAAAAGUCGGAUGGAAAAACACGGUACAAACUACUUACUCGAAUCCUAUCUCAGAGAUCUUGGUCGAAGCAGUGAAGUCAACGACAGCCAAGCCGCGAACAGCGACAGCGGCGUUGGUGUCGGGAGUGGCACUCCACCAAGAAGACACACGAAGCACAAAUCGAGAAGAGAAAGACAUUUAAUGAGAGAACACUACUUCACUAAAGAACUUACUGACAUAUGCCAAGUAAAUUCUGAAAGGUUGAUGCAAACGAGCAACGAUACUGAUUCAGACGCCUCAGCUGAUGAACUGACAAGGAUACGAGAAGAAAUCGAGUUAUUAGAAAAGAUGGCCAUUAUAAACAAAAGAUUGCAUCGAGAGGAAGAAUUGGUUGUAAGAUUAACAGCUAAAGUCAAGAGAUAUAUGGACGAAAAUAAGGCGAAUAGUUGCGAGAAUGCCACCCAAGUAGGGAUGUUGAUAGACAAGAUUGAAGAAGAACUAGCGUUGACAACGAAAGAGAUGCAAAAUAAUGCUAUGGAGUUAGAAAGAGCGGAUAAAGAGAUAGACUUGAGACUGAAGUUGCUUGACGAAUUGACUUUACAGUUAGAAGAAGAGGAACUUCAAAAUGAAGUCUUAGAACGACAGUUAAAUGAAGCCUCAAGUCGCCAGCCCAUCCUCCUGCAAGAUAGCUAUGUACCUGUUUUAGAUCAAGCCAAUCAGAUUUAUGGUAGUGGUUAUAUUUUGGACACUUUAGUAUGACUUAGUGUUGUCGAUAGAAUGGCUGAUGCGCAAAACGUCUCGAAAAAAAAGAGACGUUUUGCGACCAAGCGACAUUUUGCGAUGCCAUGUCCAUGUAAUUCGAUAGACUAUCGAUAGUAGCUCAGAAUUAGGCAAUACUAUCGACACUAUGAGUAAGGAUAGAUAUAUUAAAAUAAUCAAUAAUAUCGAUACUAUCAGUACUAUUGAUGAAGCAGCUAUCGAUACUAACGAUAUUCUAAAUGAUCAUCAAGGACAACUAUCGAUAGCUAAACUAUCGAUUUUUCGGCAACACUAGUCUUACACUUAGUAUUAAUAUUCAGUUUGUUCCAAAGAUCUUUUGAUUAUUUACCAAUUGUGUAGGUAAAGCGUAGAUUUCAGCGUAUAAUUCGCAUUUUAUGUACAGUCAACAGCACAUAAAUGUACUCAAAAUUAUUGCAAACCGCCGCUACUGCCAAAGAGUUGCAUGUAGGGUAACUUGAUAUGUGGCUGACUGUACUUUAUCAAUUUUAUAUUUUCUACAAUAAAAUGACGACCUCGGUGGCGCAGUGGUAAAGUUCUUGCCACUGAACCGAGAGGUCCCGGGUUCGAUCCCCGGUCGGGUCAAGAUGGAAAAUGAUCUUUUUCUGAUUGGCUCGGGUCUUGGAUGUUUAUCUAGAUAUGUAUUUGUUAUAAAAUAUAGUAUCGUUGAGUUACAGUAUCCCAUAACACAAGUCUCUAUAUAUAUAAUUUGUCCUAAUAUAUUUAUUUAUUUAUUUACUUACAAUAAAAUACAAAUAUGAAAAUAACAAAUCAAAUGCUAUGUAAAAUAUUUGUAAAGUUGUGUAAAAGUGUAAUUUUUAAUCUAUUCUCUAAUAGAUAAAAAUAUAUUGUGAGUUAAUUUCACUUUUAUAACAUUUUUUCUUUGCAUCAAUAUUGUCAUUAAAAUCAGCUUUACCUACAUCAAAAGUCCGGUUGAAACCCGGUAUUCCGAUUCCAAAAUACCCCAAAAUGAAUUGAAUUUUAUUAUAUAGGUACGUAAUGUAGAUGUAAAUAGUUUUAGACAAUAAUCUUGGUGCUAAGUAAAUAUUUACUCAAAUCUAACUUUAAGGGCAUAUAAAAACUGUAUUAUAAGGUAUUUGUAAAGUGUUUAAUUAUAUUGAAAUAAAAUAUAAAUAUAUAUAAAAUAAUAAUUGAUGGAUCUACCACUUCAUGAUGGCUGAGCAAAAUUUUCUGAAGUUUGGGACACGUAUGUAUUGUAUAUCAAAAGUUCUGCAGGAUCAUAGAACACUUUUACAAGUCAUAAAGAGUUAUAUACUAACUUUAGUAAUUAAAUAUGUUUCAUUUACAAAUACCGUUUUAUGCUAAUUUUAUAAUAUGUAUGUAUUGUAUAGUGAAUAUAUAAUGUAAAAUAUCUUAUUCGAGUACUAUGCCAAAAACAAGACAAAACCACCAAUCACAAUAUAUAGGUAUAGUUAGGCUAGUCAAAUUUAUAUCAGUUUCCGCGAUAACUAUAAUCUGUCUUCGGAUACAAUAAUACAGAUUAGCUUUUUAUACAUAAAGCAAAUUAUCAAAGUUGGCUAAGAUGACGAAAUAGAACAGAUAUCCAAAGAAACACAGUAAACGAUGGAUUUUUUGCCGUCCCAUACAAAAUGACUGAUAAUAUUAUCUGAACUGUUACAUUAUUCCGUCCCUUUCAGGAUUGUACACCCACUCAUUAAAGAAUAGGUCAUACAAAUAUUUUGGAUUGUCUGUUACACAGUGUCUACAUACAAUUGAUUAUGUGUUAAAAUUGUUAAUCAGAAAUUGAAACUAUUAUAAAAUCUGACGAUACCUAUGAGCCCAGUCCCAUUGCUAAAAUGCGCUCCGUCAUCCACCGGACGAGACGUUGACGUACGUCGACGCACCUCAAUUAAAAAAAAUAUGGAAACCACUGAGCGGCAUAGGAAUUUUGACAUACGUUGACGAACGAGCAUGUCAA